AUGGCCCUGUACAGGCUGCUCCUCCUGGGUCUGCUCCAGGCUGUGACCCCACAGCUAUAUCCUCGGGGUCCCAGGCCUUUCCCAGGACAAGGGGAUGAGGACAUCUUCACCCCUGAAUCUCUGAUCCGGCGUCGCUGUGAUGAAGUGAUCGACUGUCCCAUCAGACUGUACUUCACCAUCGACACCUCAGAAACCAUAGCGCUGCAGGACACCCCCCCAGGAGAGCUGUUCAAAAGCAUCCUCCAAUUCACCGAAGAGUUCGCUCUGAGGCUGGAAGACGAAGUCUACCGGGGUCAAGUCCUGAUCUCGUGGUCUGUUGGCGGCUUGCACUACUCCCAAACUCAGGAGGUCAUCAGCCACCCCACUGUCAAGAGCGACUUCAUCAGGAGCCUGAGAGGAAUCAACUACUUGGGCAAAGGCACCUACACCGACUGUGCCAUUAAGAACAUGACGUACGAGAUGAGCCGCCCGUAUCUGAACCCGAAGGAUGUGCGUUUCUCUGUGGUGAUCAGCGAUGGUCAUGUGACUGGGAAUCCCUGUGGGGGCAUCAGGGUCAUGGCCGACAGAGCCCGGGAGAAGGAUAUCCAGAUUUUUGCAGUGGCAUCGUCUGGGCUUGUCGAUGAGGUUGGGAUGAAGGAGAUCGCCAGCUCUCCUGCAGACGUCUACAGACACAACUUCACAGCUGUGGAUAUGAUGAGAGGGCGGCCAAGGAUCAACACGGAGACCAUUGAUCGCAUGAUAAAAACAAUGAAAUAUAAAGCAUAUUUACAGUGCAAUAAUAAAACUGAAUGCCUUUCGUUUCCCGGACCUCCAGGUAGUGAAGGAGGCAAAGGCCAAAAGGGAAUCAAAGGACAACCAGGUUUAUUUGGACCGAAGGGUGUAAAAGGAAGCCAAGGAGAUCCUGGCAUUGAAGGUCCCAUUGGACAUCCUGGAACAAAGGGAGAACCGGGUCCUAAAGGCGACAAAGGGGACACCGGUGCAGUAGGAACAAAGGGAACAGCCGGACUUCCAGGCAGAAAUGGGACUGACGGACAAAAGGGUAAACUUGGGCACAUUGGUGCUCCAGGUUGUAAAGGGGAUCCAGGAGACAAGGGGCCAGAUGGUUUUCCUGGAGACUUUGGAGAGACCGGAACACCAGGAGAAAAAGCUGGCAAGGGUGAAACUGGAAAUCCAGGAAAGUCAGGUCCUCCAGGCCCGGCCGGUGAUCCAGGAUCAAAGGGUGAAAGAGGAAGUCCUGGCAUCCCAGGGCAGCAUGGGACAAAGGGCCCAAAGGGGAGGGGAGGAGUUCCUGGCUCAAAGGGCACACGAGGACUGGAAGGAUCAAAAGGAGAAACGGGCGAACGAGGACCGUCUGGACCCACCGGUGGGCCAGGUGAAAACGGACCGAAGGGAGUAAAGGGCGGAGUAGGGCUCCCUGGUUCAAGAGGUUCCCCAGGAGAAGUAGGAGUUAUCGGAUUAACUGGCAGUAUAGGUGAUCCUGGAGAGCCGGGGCAAAGGGGAAACCCAGGACCGCCAGGGCAACUGGGCGAAAAGGGAAGACAAGGAUUCAACUUUGCAGGACCGAGGGGACCAACAGGAAAGAUAGGAGAUCCAGGCAGGAAAGGCCCCAGAGGUGGAACGGGAUCGUGUGGUUUCAAAGGCGAGGCUGGAACUAAAGGAGCACCUGGAAAGCCUGGGGAACCUGGUGAACGGGGCCGUGCAGGAGAGAGAGGACCCGAGGGAGAGCCAGGUCCUGACGGGAGUAUUGGACCACAGGGGGAUCCUGGGCUGACCGAUUGCGACGUCAUGACGUACAUCAGAGAGACAUGUGGCUGUUGUGAUUGUGUGACACAUUGUGGACCCCUGGACAUUGUGUUUGUCAUCGACAGCUCAGAAAGUGUUGGCCUGAGAAACUUCACUCUCGAAAAGAACUUUGUGAUUAAUACCGUAAGCAGACUGGGAUCUAUGGCCAGUGAUCCAAAAUCAUCUAAUGGUACUAGAGUCGGAGUUGUACAGUACAGUCACAAUGGCACUUUCGAAGCUAUCCGGCUCGAUGAUCCCAACAUAGACUCUAUACCAGCGUUCAAAGCAGCUGUGAAGAAGCUGGAAUGGAUCGCUGGAGGGACCUUCACCCCCUCAGCUCUGAAAUUUGCAUAUGACACCCUGAUUCGCAACAGCACAAGAGUCCCUUCCAAAGUGUCCAUGGUGGUGAUCACAGAUGGGAGAUUUGAUCCACGAGAUGAUGAUAACCUGCUGAACUACAUUUGCAGUUAUCCUCAAGUGGAAGUGAACGCCAUUGGUGUAGGAGACAUGUUUAAGAAAAAGCAGCAAACUGAAACGCUCUUGUCUAUAGCAUGCAAUGACAGACAGCGCGUCACUGAGAUGAGGCGCUAUGCAGACCUCAUGGCUGACGACAUCAUUGUCAAAGUGAAGACGUGGAUUUGUCCAGAACCGUUUAUUGUGUGCCCAGAAUUGCCCUGUAAACAAGAGCCUGAUGUGGCCCCCUGUGAAAACCGACCAAUAGAGCUAGUCUUUCUUCUAGAUGGAUCAGAAAGACUUGGGCAUGAAGACUUUAAGCGUUUUAUUCAACUAGUGCAAAUGGUUGCAUACAGUCUCGAGCUAGCACGUAGUAAAACUGACCGUACGCGGGCACGCAUAGCUCUGGUGGAGUAUGGCAAAGAGAAUGAACACGUGAUUGCGUUCCCUCUCACUCAUGACCCUGACCAGAUCACUGAUGGUUUGCAGAGAUUGCGUUACCUGGACUCGUCCUCGGACAUCAGCUCAGCAAUCUUCCAAACUAUAGACAAGAUACUAAAUCAGGGAGAGGCAAGGCGCUAUGCAGAACUCUCGUUUGUUUUCAUCACUGAUGGAGCCACAAUCAGUGGAAACAUAGAUGAGGCCAUCAGUGCCAUGCGCCGGGCUGAUGUGGUCUCCACAGUGAUUGCGACAGGAAGUGAUGUAGACCACGAGGUUUUACAGAAACUGGUCAUGGGCGACCAAAAUGCCAUUUUUCAAGGACCAGAAGUUUCAAGUUUUUUCCAGUUUUCUUUGUUUAACAAAUUUAUUAAAUGGGUUUGUUAG